AUGACCUUGCCUGAAUUGGCGGAGCCCUGCGCACUUUUGCGUGUGUCCGUAGGAAAGCAAAGGAGAAGGUACCUCGGAAAGCAGAAACAUGCAAAACGAAUAGUUGGGGGAAGCGAGAGAUAUGCUGAAGAAGUUAGGAUUAGGAAUUUCAUCAAGGGUGUGGAACCGCUUCCGCCGGUGAAAGAGUGUGAAGUGAUGGACUAUGUAAGGAAACUUAAGUUGGAGGAUCUUACGGACGAUCGGGCAGCCCACCUGACGUCACCGUACUCCUUGCACGCCCAUAUCAUGCGGGAAGUGUUGGAAGAACUGACGGAAAAUAUCUGCGCUUCGGUGCAAAAUUGUGAGUGGAAUAAACCCACCGAGAGACGGGAAUGGGACAUGGAUUUCCGUUUCUUGCACGAGUGGUGGCUGUCGCUACGCACUCUUCCCUACAGGGAGGAACCAAAUGGCCACUACCCGCCUCUUAUCCCGUGGAGUGAGCGUGGAAAGGAGGCGGAAAAUCAGCUUCUCGCGGACGUUGCUCUCAAGAUACGUCAGUCAAAAUCCCCGCUGUACCUCCUUCACCUUGAUCACAUAAAUCUCACUCCCGAGCAAACAAACGUGCUUCUGUUAGAUGGUGUCUUUAGAAAUAAUAACAGUGGUGUGGAGACCUUUUCUGCUCAGUUCUGCAACAUUGGUCCUGCCUCACUGCUGGUGAUACUUCUGAUUCUUAACCAUGCCACUCAGUUGGAGCCGCAGGUAGAAAACUUACACCUUGCUUACAACUGGAUCGAUGCUUCCUGUGUGAACAUGCUGACGACACUUCUUCCGCUGACGAGCAUAACACGACUGAGCCUUCGCGGCAAUCGUUUUGGGGGUGGAGAUGUAGGAUUAUUUCAGGAGUUCCUGAUGGGCGGCUGUAUGUUUCUAGAAGAACUCGACUUAGGUUAUACUUCACUAAGCGCCCCUGAAGUGUAUCAACUUAUCCGUACUAUUCCACUGCUUGGGCAGUUACGCGUGCUGCUGUUGGACGGCGUGCCUGUACCGGAGGGUAAAGCGGCAUCUCUUCUACGCGCCAUUCAGUUAUCACAGCUUAUUAAAGUGUCGCUGAUUGCAAUCCCAGCAUGCUCUAGUGACUCGUAUUUGGGGCGAGUUGCCGAGGCGUGUAGAAAACAUUGGACGGGCCGCAGUGGGAAGGGGUCGGGAUGGUACUCCAGAGGGUCGGGUAGCUUCUUUGAGGCGUUUGACAAUCGGGCUUCAACGUUUUUCAGACCCAGAGACCGGUCGGCGCUCCCUCCCGGGUAUCGUCCAUUCACCACGAACGAUCCGUCGCUUCACCCCUGGUCGAGAAGGUUGGGGACUCCAACAGAUGGCACAAGGGAGGGGGGAUGGUUUACUUCACCUUACCCAGCUAGCCAAGGAUGA